UUAUAAUAUGGAUUCUGAGGAAUUUGACCCUAUUCUAACUCACCUAGACCCUAUUGAAAAGCCAAACCCCAAAAAAGAGUCUCCUCCCCAAAGAGUAGGGUCUAAAAGACGAUCUGUGAUGAACAGAAGAGCCUAUCACGUUAUUGAUAAAUACAGCCAGAAGAAAGCAGCUAAACCCAAGUUGAUCAAGAAGAGGAUCAUCAGUCAAUACAAAAGUAUCGAUGAUUUCGAACGAUUUCAUCAUAAAAGAGUAAUGAGUGCUAUCGAUGAUCGAUUUGUGCUACAUUGUACUAAUUAAAUACGUUUCAAAUAAGAGCGACCAGACAAAGGGAUUCAACGUAAUACUUAAGGAACGGACUGAAAGGUUUAAAGAGCUAGAUUCUGAACUUAAAAAUGUCGUCAAAAUGCCUCAUAACAAAAUCGUUAAUAGAGGAGGAAAGUUAGCGAUCCUUAUCUCUCCAUCAGUUGUUGAACAGGUCACUCGGAUCUCACAGAGUGUGCUGAAAUAAGAACGUGAAGAUAUUUAAAUCCCAAAGUGCAGCCAACCUUACUCUCAAAGACGGGUAUUUGAAGUUAGGCAGACUCAACUGCAAUAAUAAUUUUCGAAAAAAUACUGAAAGAGAAGAGAAACUCAAGAAUACUCCUGCUUCCUAUAGUUCCUCAAUCUUAGGCAAGAUGAUUCGGAAUAAGAUCGAGAAGAAGGCUGCAAAGCAUCAGCAUAAGAAAACUUCUCGAAGGAGUAUCAAGCCGAAAAGAGGAACAAGGGACUUUCUGCUGUCUUCUAAGAUGGCUAAGAUAACCAAAUAUCUAGAAAAAUACACAACUACAAAGGAAAAGGAACAGGUCUAGGCCUCUGAUUCACCAAACUUGAUUCAAUAUUUUAUU